AUGGCCACGAAUAAUGCAGCUGCGGAGGCUGAGAUGCGGCGCUCGAUGGUGGCUGGAGGAAUUAUCGCCGCCCAGGGGGAAAGCAUUCGACAGCAGGAAGCCAUUCGGCAACUCGCCGCGGAUAAUGAGAAGCUCAAGAAGGAGAUAGCGUCCGUGACAGGCGUGCCGUAUGACUUCGUCAAGGCCGACAAGUAUGCGACGCUUAAGGGUGAAGUGGAUGCGCUGGAGCGGCGAUAUCAAUUUGAAAAGAUGAAGAGGAACGAACUGACGCGGAAAUAUCAAAUGGCCCGUAUCGAUCUCCUGCAGAGCCGCCGACUAAAGGGUGGUGUGAACGCUGAAAAGGAGAACGCCGAAGCUGUACAGCGGCAGGUAGAGCUCCUAGAAAACCGUCUGGAUCAGGCGCUGACGAAAUUCAAUGAUUCUAUCUCAUACAACAAAGAGCUACGUGACAACAUCGAUAUAAUCAGAGAGGAGCGCCGCGUCUUUCAGCGUGUGUACAAGAAAAUGGAAGACGACCUUAGGGCCAAGAAGAAACUCAUGUCGGAGCGCAUUGAGCAGUCGAACAAAGACCUCGACGAGCGCGACACAUAUCUGCGGCACGUGGAGCAGCUGCAGAAAGCAAUCGAAGAGCAGAAGCAGCAAUACGCUUCGGAUGUGCGGGAGAUGGACAUGGCCAUGGUGGAGAUCAGGGAAAUGCGGGAGGAGCAGCAGCGGUUGCAGCUCGAGUUGGAAGCAAAUGAAUACGAGUUCGGAAACGACGCUGACAGCUUCGCUCUCACCAACGCCACGGCAACCGGCGGUGACGCAGGCAUCAAACGACGCGGCCCACUUGAAGAUGGAAACGAGUCUCCCCAAGAUGACGCCCCCGAACACAGCGGUAAUGAGUCUGUCACGGAGGCAGAACCGAACCUUGACGACGUUCUGAUGCAGCUUUCGGAGUUUUCGGAGGAUGAUCUAAACACAGUGGCAAAACGCUAUGAGGCUCUCGGAGAUGCCAACUUCUCACUGUACAAGUAUGUCAACGAACUCACUACCAACAGGGAGGAGAUGCAGCGCGAUAUUCACACGCUGAAGGCUGUCAUUGCGGCAGAGCACGAAAACGAAGAGCGGCAGAGGCGCCUUAUCAAGAAGCUCGAGGACCAGCUCGCAGAGACGGAGGGGCUGUUAGAGCAGCUUCUUACAUCCGCAGAGCAGCACCGGGGAGUCCUUUCGAGUGUGCGCACUGUGACGGAAGAAGUUUUCAACGAGAUCGGAUGCUCGAAAGAGGAGGCUAAGACAUUGCUCGGCGGCACCGAUCAGUGCACCGAGUCGAACCUCCUGCAUUUUCUCGGCCUGAUUGAGGAGCGCGCCAUGACGAUUAUGUGCGCGUAUCAGCGCCACCACCGUAAGGAGCUCAUGCGGACAGAGUUAGUGGCGCAUCAAAAUGACAAAGUUGCCUUCAUCGAGAAGGAAGACGCCGCCCCCAUUGCUCCCGCAAGCGUCAACACCGCACCGGAUAACAACACCACUGCCAACAGCAAUGACGUCAACGCCGAGGAGGAGGAGGACAACGCCUUGACGCUGACGGCCGAGUCGCAGAAGGAGGAGGCGGUGAAAGAGGACGCCUCCCCCGAUGUCGCUGCGCUCGCUGCCACCACCACACCGGCGGAGGAGCCGGAAGAGUUGGCGGAGGUGGACGAAGUGCCGCCGUACAUUCCGGUGAUGCACAUGGCCGGGCGGCAGAACAUCAGCGCUGCGCGGCUUGUGCGCCAGGCGUGCCUGCCGAGCGCCCACCUCGGCGGCGACGAGGGCGUUGAGGUGGUGGAGGAGUGGGACGGCGAUCCGGUGGUGUCGCACGAUGAGAUACGGCAACAGAUGGAGCAGCGGCUGUUGUCGAAGCGGGAGCGCGAGGAGCGCGCACAUCGCAGGAAGCGGGAGCUGAAGGAGCAGCUCAACAGCCAGCUCGCGGCCCCGCGAAGAAAGUGA